UUUGUUUACAGCUUUCAGGAGUUCAGAAGGACCUCGGAUACAGCCAUUAACCUUAGAGUUUAGCCUUUGUUGUUCAGGUUUUCGAGGAGAUAACCCCAGAUUUUGUUUUGAUUUUCAGGUUUUCGAGGAAAUAACCCCAGAGUUUGUUUUGGUUUUCAGGUUUUCGAGGAAAUAACCUCAGAGAUUCUGUUUCAUUUUUCAGAUUUUCCCAGGAUAUUACAUUAACCCCACUUGUUUUUCAGGUAAUUAACCUCUUUACUUUCUCAGCUUUUAAAAAUAAUUCUUCGUGACUAAUUCACGCCUGACACCGUCAAAUUAAGAGUCAUGCCACGAAGAAGUCUCCGCCUGCGGGAAGCGGGGUAUUACACUGGAGACAGGUCUCCAGUUGUCUCCUACAAGGAGAAUUUACAGAGGGUAUUUUACGGCAAGAGGAGGAGGCGUAGUGGUCCCCACAAUGAAAACAUUGUAGAGGACAACCACUGUGUGGCCAAUGAUAGUCGCACAGCUGAUCGUUUGACUGUUGGGACUCAGGUCUCCUGGCCGUGUGUCCAUGAUAGCGGGAGCCAUCAACCAACAACAAAUGGGACACAGGGGACUGGGGUCAAGUUAACCAGACUCCCAACAGUGUGCGGCUUUUCUGCAAAAAAAAUCGGCAUCUUCCUCCUCAUGUUUCUGCUGUCCUGUGGGUUUAUACUAACGAAUCUUAAAUUAAGAGUGACCCACCAGGAGUUGCUGUCCCUCAAACAGCAGUUGGACAUGUUUGUUCCUCUGGCGGACAUGAUACCAAACUUUGCCUUGGAAUCUCAAGGCGCCAGAGUGAUCCAACAUUUAUCCUCGCAGUCAUAUUGGCCUGGAGAAGACCCAGGCUUAAUAUGGAGAUGGAUGUUCAACUGCUGGUGCUCACCGACGGCCCAGAGAAGAGUGAUUCAGGGAGACUCAGCUUUACGUCCGGGUCAGUGCUGGUGCUUUGCAGGUGAACAGGGACAUUUAGUUGUCUCCCUGUCUCAUCCGGUCUCUGUCACUCACGUGACCCUGGGCCACAUUUCCAAAAGCCAGUCCCCUGAUGGAAACAUUGAAAGUGCACCGAGGGAGUUCUCUAUAUACGGAUCGAUGAGCAAAGAUGAGGCAGGAACCUAUCUGGGAACACUGGUCUAUGAUCCGGACGGAGCCAGAUUUCAGACCUUUAGUCUUUCUAAUCCAGACAACAGUGUUUUCAGAUAUGUGAAGCUACAGACUGAGACCAACUGGGGAAACGUGGACUACACCUGCCUCUACAGCUUCAGGGUUCAUGGAGAACUCCCUCCCUAACUGUGCCUUAACUUAAAGGAUAACUUAUUUAAUUUUUAAACCUGGGCCUUUCCCUCAGUGUAUUUGAGUGUGAAACACUUAAUGUUCUAGCUCAGUAACAGAUUGAUCAGUAUCAGUCAUCUAGACUCAGGCACAGUUGGACAGUUGUUUAUUCCCGGUGCGUCUCAUUUCUGUCCGUCCACAGGGCCGGCCUCAAGCAGAUGGGUCCACCCCAUAGGAGCCUGGUUCUGCUCUAGGUUUCUUCCUGUUAAAAGGGAGUUUUUCCUUGCCACCGUCGCCUUAGUGCUUGCUCCGGGGGGUUCAGGCUCUUUUAAGUGUCUUUAGUUUUGAGUUUUAUGUUAUUUAUAUUUUUAUAUUUUGCACAACUAAAGACUAAAGUGGACAGAACUUAAUUUCACUUAAAUGU